UGGCUUUGACGUCAAUACACGUCAACCGGAGAACAUGAUGCCUCUCUGCGAGUCCACCCGUGCGCUCCGCGGCUGACAGAGGCUCCGCGCAGCUCAGACAUUAUCGCGCUAUUGUCGCGGAGGGGAACGCGGUGCGACGGCUCAGCUCAUGGCCUGCUCCGGGCAGCGUCGCCACACGGGCUCCGGCAGAAAGCAACUUUGUUUUUAAUGGACGCGCUUCGAGCGGCGGCGGCAGGAGGAGCGGCAGCGGCGGCGGCGGCGGCGGCAGCAGCGGCGGUGGGCGGCUUGUUCUACUUUCGUCUUUAUCUGUAGCGGCCCGAGCGAGCAGCAGCGCGAGCCCCGUGCGAGAGCCCCCCUUCCUCCGGGCAGCGUGUCCCCCUUCGCCCGCUCGUCUGGCUACCUACUCCUCCCUCCUCGUCCACAAACAGUCACAUUUAGAACAGCAUGGUCAUGGCUGACAGUGUCCAGAAACCGCUGAGCCGGGGUCCGGUCCGAGUGGGCUUCUACGACAUCGAGCGCACUUUAGGAAAAGGCAAUUUCGCCGUGGUGAAGCUGGCGCGACACCGCAUUACCAAGACCGAGGUGGCCAUCAAGAUCAUCGACAAGACCCAACUGGAUGCUGUCAACCUGGAGAAGAUCUACAGAGAAGUUCAGAUCAUGAAGAUGCUGGACCACCCCCACAUAAUCAAGCUCUACCAGGUGAUGGAGACGAAGAACAUGCUUUACUUAGUCACGGAGUACGCCAAGAAUGGGGAGAUCUUCGACUACCUGGCAAAGCACGGCCGUCUCAGUGAGCUGGAGGCCAGGAGGAAGUUCUGGCAGAUCCUGUCGGCGGUGGAGUACUGUCACAACCGCAACAUCGUCCACAGGGACCUGAAGGCGGAGAAUCUGCUGCUGGAUGGCCACAUGAACAUCAAGAUUGCAGAUUUUGGGUUCGGAAACUUCUUCCAGCCCGGCGAGCCUCUAGCCACGUGGUGCGGCAGCCCGCCAUACGCUGCUCCAGAGGUUUUCGAAGGACAACAGUAUGAGGGCCCGCAGCUUGAUAUAUGGAGUAUGGGGGUGGUGCUGUACGUGCUGGUCUGUGGUGCAUUGCCCUUCGACGGGCCCACGCUGCCUGUGCUCAGACAGCGAGUCCUAGAAGGAAGGUUUCGCAUCCCCUACUUCAUGACUGAAGACUGUGAGCACCUGAUCCGCAGGAUGUUGGUCCUGGACCCGUCAAAGCGUCUGUCUGUGGCCCAAAUCAAGGAGCACAAGUGGAUGGCUCUGGAUAUUCCAGUGCAGAGGCCCAUCCUCUACCAGCAGCCCCUGUCUGCCGAGGGCGAGGCAGGUGUGGGAGAGUACAGUGAGCAGGUCCUUCGCCUGAUGCACAGCCUCGGCAUCGACCAGCACAAGACCAUAGAGUCUCUGCAGAACAAAAGCUACAACCACUUUGCUGCUAUCUACUACCUGCUGGUGGAACGGCUCAAGGCCCAUCGCUGCAGCUUCCCCGUUGAACAGCGACUCGAUGCCCGCCAGCGACGGCCCAGCACCAUCGCCGAACAGACCGUCGUCAAGUCGACCAGUGCAUCAGCCCAGGUGGGUUUGCUCCCGCAGGGUGUUCGUCUGCUGCGCUCCCCCGCUGUACCCCAAGCCUCCUCUGAUGCUUUCACCUUCCCCCAGACUGCCUCACCCCUGGAGCAGAAUUUCAUGGUGGAGGACAUCAACACGCCCAAAGUGAAUGGCUGCCUGCUGGACCCCCUGCCUCCCCCCACUGUCCUACGCAAGUCCUCCACCUCGUCGCCUAGCAACAUGAUGGAGACGUCUAUCGAUGAGGGCAUUGAGACUGAGGAGCCCGACACGGAGGACGAUCCGCCCCACUUGCUCAUGGCCUAUCAGACGGCUCGGUUCGGCCAGCGGCGACACACCCUCUCUGAGGUCACCAACCAGCCAAACCAAGGUAAAUUAUUCACUCUAGGCCACAACCCUUCCAUGGGUAGCGUGGACUCAGACAUGGGCUACGACAUGGGCUCCAUGCAAAGUGACCUUGGUCUGCUGGAGGAUCCCCCCUCUCUCUGUGAAAUGGUGGCGACCAACAGCUCCGCCCCUGGUGUCACUCCUACGCCGUUCUUGAGCACUCGGCCCGCCAACCCAGCAAUGACAGCCCUGACUUCCCAGCACAGGGAGGCACACAACCGCUCCCCUAUCAGCUUCAGAGAAGGACGCCGAGCCUCCGACACCUCCCUCACCCAAGGUCUGGUUGCGUUUCGCCAGCAUCUCCAGAACUUGGCGAGGACCAAAGGCAUCCUGGAGCUGAACAAAGUACAGAUGCUGGUUGAGCAGAUGGGCUCUGGGGAAGGGGCCAUCAUGGGGCCCCUGGGACCACAGCACCACUUGCACAACCUCCUGGAGGGUGAGGCAUCCAAGCAGCAGGAGGGCCUAGCUUUAUACCAAGGCGCGCCACAGCCGCCUCUCCUGUCCCGCAGACAGAGUUUGGAGACACAAUACCUCACUCAUAGACUUCAGAAGGCUAGCGUCCUCGCAAACAGUCCUGCUAGCUGCCAACUUUUCUGUAAGGAGACUCCUCGAAGUUUAGAGCAACAGCUGCAGGAACACAGACUGAACCAGAAGAGGAUGUACCUGCAGCAGCCACAGGGCAUGGGGCUGCAGACCUAUUUCAACCAGAUGCAGAUAGCUGAAGGGUCGUACCCGACAGGCAGCCCUGCCCUGGACCUAGCAGCAUCUCAGAGUUCCCCACAGGGCCCUGCCAUUUCAGCCGCACAUCAGCCUCAGCCCCAGCAGCCAGGCAGUCCUCAGACCUCGCCUCCUUUCAGCCACCCCCUCAGCCUGAGCCCCUUGAUGGAUCCGGGUGAGGGCCUGGUUUAUGACCCCUACAUGAGCCACCACCACUACACCCAGCACCUUCCCGCUGCGUCUCACCUCCACCACCAGCUUCACCAGCCUCAUGAAGCCUCUGCCAGUGGCCUGGGCUUCAGCUAUACCACAUGCUGUGAGCAGCAGGCCAUUGGCCCUUCCACUGAGGCUCUUCACCCAGAGCAGUAUGAGUUCUCGCUGGACCCCACCAUGCUGGUCCUUGCUCCAGGAGAGGCUGGAGCUGCUGGUGGGGGUUUGGCUGGUCCGGGGCAGUCAGAUGGCCUGAACCUGCCCGAGCUGCAGAGCUCCCUCCUGGACAGUGAGAUGAUGGAGACUGUGGACUCCCAGCAUGGCUUCGUACUGGUUAACUAAUGCCAGCUGAGGGGGUUAAUACAAAGUGGUGUUAAGCAAUGAGAACCUACCUAGCACUGAACCAGACAGAAUGGAGAUAUAAGUGGAGGCCAUAAGAGUAGCAACAGGGAAGGAAAGGUGUUAAUUUUUGUAUGACUAAUACAAACUUAAUUUCUUAGUUGUGAUGAACCUCAGACAACAUUUCUACCAAAUUCCUUCCUUAGCCUACCUCCCUUUCUCCUUCUGCUCCUCUGUUCUCUUCUCAUCAGCCCUGUGAGGCAGGAACGGGUCCGAUACGUGGUGCAGCGUGAGCUUUCGCCAAGCUGACUCUGCGACGCCGCUGUUGCCAAGGACGUUGUGCCACCUGCGAGGACUGCGCUGUGCAGCCUGGCGGGGAGGCGGAAUGCUGCACAUCCUGGAGUACAGCAUUUCACCUACUAAUGGUUUGAAAGUGAACUUAUUUCAGACUGACUGGCAACCAAAAGCACAAUGGCUGGCAGUGCUGUUUGUAUUUAAAAUAGGACACCACAUCUACACACAUCUCAAAACACUUUUGUGCUUUUUUUUUUUUAUUUCAGUAGAUAAAAAAAACAAGUGAUGUAGAUAAAAUCGCCCUCAUUUAUCAUGGUACCAUGGAUAUGUCCACAAAUUCAAGUGUUAAAAGUCUGACUUUUAAGAAUCAUUUUACACUAAUGUGAGUGCACAGGCUCACAUAACCAUCAUGCAUAGGUUUCAACACUAACAUUGAGAGUUUUCCUGCAGAAAACCACAGGUAUCUAAGUUUGUUAUUCACUUACAGUACUAAUAAACAUGCUGAGCGCUGGUGAAUGAUGCACCAUUGGUUGAGCUUUAGCUACAUUUGUGCUUAUAACAGUGAUAAACUCUCUCCAAGCUAUAUUUACAGUUAAACUAGACUAAUGAAAAUAAUAGAUAUAGCUGCAGGCGUUUGUGUUGGCUAUGUGACAUAAAUAAUACAGUUGUUUUGUUUUU